AUGGCACAGAUGCUGAAGCAGAAACUCACACAGUUAGAAAAUGACACACUUGUCAUUGGUAAAGAUGCCAUAAGGAAAGUACUUGACGAUGUGGCAAAAGCAAUUCAAGACAAGAUGAAGGCUGGAUUAGAUGAGCAAUAUGACAGAAUAAAACUUGAUAUGAUUAAAAUAAAACAAGAAGAUGUUCAAUCUCUUGAGUCCCAAAUUGCCGACGGAGUGAAAAGACUGAAUGAUGAACGUGACAAAGAUGUUGAUCAAGUUCAUAAACAAGGUGAUAGGGAACGAAAAGACCUGGCUGAAUUAUCAGAGACGCUACAAAUAAAACUGAAGAUAGCAAGUAAAGACGAGAAAGAAGAACAAUAUAUUGAUUCUAAACAAAAACUUCAAGGCGACCUGAUCAAAUUUUACAGACACAGAUGUAGUUCAAUACCUCUCUCACCGCUUCUUGAAGAAAUAGAGACACCUCUAGUUGGGUUCUACUUGAUGCCAGAUAUAGUUGCCGUAAAACAGUCCCUUACUUGUUAUAAAGAAGAGAAGAUACCGAUCGGGUCUUUGAAAAACCUGUUUUCAAAUGGAAGUGGAGAUCAGCAAGAAAUUUAUCUAUCAGCUGAUGCAGGCUUUGGAAAAACUGCACUCUCAAAAUAUCUUGCAAUCGCGUGGUGUCAAGCUCAUUGUCACGAUGAAAACUACGCCUGUUUUAAAGACGACGAAUUGAAAACGUUAUUUGACUUUGAGUUCUUAUUUUUGGUUUUAUUGAGAGAUUGUACCUCUGUCUGUAACAUUGACGAUAUGAUUGAACAGCAAAUAACAAAGAAACUCCCUUCAUCAUUGUCACUAGAGGCAGUUUUACGUAGAGAAAAAUGCUUGAUUAUAUUGGACGGUCUUGAUGAAUGGACUCACCCUGAUAAUGGCUGUAGCGAAGUAACGGAUAAUAUCCCACAUCGAUACGUUCGUGAUAAUUGUGUUAUCCUAACGACAACUCGACCGUGGAAGCUUGGAGUUGCAAAUCUCAAAACAAGUCAAAUAAAUCAAAAAGUAGAGUUGAAUAAAUUAAGUGUAUAUUCGCAGUGCCAGCUAGAAGAAAAUGCUAUAAGAAAGAUGACCGGCGUCGUUAAUAAGAUGGAAUUGCAGAGUAAAGCAACAGACUUACAUAAAGUGAUACGUGGCCGUGGCCUUGAGCACAUGCUAGUCAUUCCACUCCUCCUUAUGUAUAUAGUUUGCCUAUGGUGCAACAACAUUCCUAUAGGAAAUACAAAACAAGAAAUUUACACCAAUAUCAUUGAAUUUCUAUUAUCGAGAACGUCAAAGAAACACCCGGAAGUUCAACCAUCUCGUGAAUCGUCUACAAGUGAAAUUCCAGAAUACUUCAAAAGUCAUGCAUUUUGUAAAAAGUUUUACAGCCUUUUAUUAUCAUUAGGAAAACUAGCUUUCGAAACAUUAUUUAACGAAACUAAAGAAAACACCCUGGUUUUUGAUAGAACGGUUGCUGAAAAAUAUCUCAAUGCAGACGACAUGAAAUUAAGUCUUCUCUCAGGAAUAUUGUCAGAAAGUAGAAGUAAAACUUUAAUCAAAGAAAGUAUCAAAGUAUCGUUUUCUCACAAAACAGUGCAAGAAUUCUUUGCCGCCAUAUCUAUGGAUUCUAAGAGUGUUCUAGAAAAAUGUAAAAAUGUUCAAGACAUUCUGGGCAUGUCAAAAUGUUUUGAAUUUUUGAAUCCUGACAUGAUGUGUGCAAUAUCAAAUGCUUUGAUGUCUGUGAUAAAUGAAGACAAGAAAACACGCGACUAUAGAACUAGGAAAGGUGUAGUGUACAUGUACGAUAAUCCAUUGUAUCACAUACAGAAAAUGUUCAUGUCCUAUUUACAUGAAAUGCCUCAAAGUGAAAAUAUUAAAUUAUGGUUACAAGAUUUUUUUAUUGACAGUGAGCAGUUACAACGACGUUUGUUAAAACAAAACAUAACCUUUAUUGACACUAAGACCAUGCACAGUAAGCAGUUACCACGUUUGUUAAAACCAAACAAAACCAGCCUAAAAUCACUUUAUAUAAAAAUCAGCCGUACUUCAAGCAGUUUACAUCAAAUUAUAGAUUUAUUCUCUCUCACAGAUCUCAGUCAUAUACAGAAACUUUUCUAUUAUGGUGACAACAAUAUGGUUGCUGAGAUAAAUCGGAUAUUGAUGCCCAGUUUACAGAACGUAUCUUUUUGGCGUGGUAAAUGGAUAAAUGAUGAAGAAAAUCCAAGUGAAAACUUUGCGCGAUGUCAAAACCUACACUAUCUAUUCAUUGGAUACUUCACAUUGUCUCACAAAAUACUGGAAACAUUCUUCAAUUUUAUCUCCGGUCAAAAAUCAAUGAAAGAGUUAACAUUCAACUGGUUAGACUGUAAAGAACAUGGCCGCCAUGAUUGUAAGAAAUUGAAUUUGGACUUGUCUAAACAUUUAACUCUAUCAAAGUUAUUUUUGCGAGAGUCUCCUACGCUGCAAUUAAAUAUAACAACACCGUCGUUAGUUAAUGUUACGUUGUGGAGAAUCAAUCUGGAUGAAAAUUCAUUGCUACUGUCACGAGACAUGUUGAAUAUUGAACGUGUGGUGUUGAGGUAUGUAGAAAUGUCUGCAGGAGGUUUACAGAACUUCAUUACCGUGCUGGAAAUUCUGCCGCAAUCAGUUACAGUAAAGAUGAUCGCCAUUAAACCGGAAGCAGAAUAUAAAUGUGUUAGAGAAAAUAUUCGGAGAUCACAAACUUUUCUUGUGAUACAAGAAGGCGAUUGGUUUGAGUUUAAAACAGUAAAACCAAGCAAAGAAUAAAAAGAAAGAACAUUGUGUAAUAAACUGAAGAAAUUUCUACAAUAGUUUUAAAUUAACAAAAUUGUAUAUGGACACUUAAAAUCAAAAUGGCGGCUCUUCAAACUUCACUAUAGUCUUUAAUUAGGACAUACAAUUACUUCAAUUUUCAAUUAAUAAAUAAAGUGACAAUUGUUUAUAAACAAAAAUACUUAUUAUAAUAAUUAAUAGAAAUAAUUCAAGGAACUUUUUUGUGGAACUGAAUGCAUAUAAAAAAGAGAAAAUAAGAAUCCCUAAAGAAAGCCCAAAACGACAAAAUUGAAAAUGUUGCAGGCUCGAUUUGAUUGAGCCUGUUCAUGGACGGUACUGUAAAGUGCAAACUACUGUCUACGCCCCCUAGCACCGGCUAGCAAACUUUUGCAUUCUUUGUACCUUACACCUGUUUUCUUCAACAAGAAUUUACAUCUAAAAAGAAAUUUCUUACCAACAUCACUGACAAAUAUGCAAGAUUUCCUUCAGAAAAAUGUGUUUGUGAAUUUUUGCACAUACCUUGAGAAAACAAAAAUUGAAACUUGUUAUUAAAGUGGAUUGGUUUUCAAUGGGCACAUUUUCCUUAAGUAUUGAUAACAAUGUAAGUGAUUUAAAGUGUAAGAUGUAAGUGAUUGGAUAUUCUAAUGAAAAAAUACUGAAAACAAAAAUGUUAAAGCAAUGGAGGUAUCAUGGAGGCGGUAAAUGAGUUCUUUGAGGACCAAAAUAGAGAGUUGAAACACAGGUGGGCAAAGUGCAUUUAUGUAGAGGGCGGUAAUUUUGAAAAGUAAGACCAUUUGUUGGGUUCACUGACUAUACCGGAAGUACAUCGGGCCGAGAACUUUUUGAUCAAUCCUCGUAUAACUAUAAAAACAAUAGCGGAAGUGUAUAUCUUGUAUUUAGCUAAUGGUUAUAAUUAUCUAAAUAAAGGUAAAAAAAAUCAUUAUUACUAAUAAUUUAACAAGUUAUAUGACCUAGAUAAAACAGGGCGGUAAUGUUAAUAUAAUAGCUUUCUGGCUAUACAGCAAACUUUUUCAUACUUGACCUUAUAAACUUUCAAAAAUUUAAAAUACGGAAUAUAAAAAACUGCCUUCUUUGCAAUACAGAAAAAAGAAGGAAAAUGUAUCUCAAAACUUCAAUAGAUGCGUACUUAAAUGGUAUAAAGUUAAUACAAAAAAAUCAACUUUGCAGUAUUGUACGAUUUAUUUUCAUUUACAAUUGGCUGUACCAUCUAUAACAUUUCUUCAUAGUAUACUUAUGUCUUUAUCUGCAAGAAAAUACAAAUCAUUAUUAGUUCUGUUCAGAUGUUUUUAUCAGUUAUAGGUUGAUCUGUAUAUUUGUACAUAAUUUAUCAAUGUAUUGCUUCUAGUCAGACCGUAUUGCUUAUCCAUGUUUAAGCAAGAAUUGGUCGGUUUUUUUUCACUCAAUUAUAUACAGAUGUUUUACUUUAUAGUUAUCUAUAAGUUCUUACCUGUGUUUGAGUUACUGUAUAUCUCAUUUUCAAACUAGUAUGUAUAUAAACAUGUACAUAAUUUAUACUCAGUGAUCAGAAAAUGGCAUGUGUAUUACCUAUGUAUAUAUAAUAAAGAAAGCUCAUACAUUCAUGUAACAAAAUAAGCAUGCAUCCAGAUGGAUGGGAUAUUGUCUUGUUACUAUGGUGUCAAAAAGCGUCAUUUUAUAAUCAAUGUUGUAAGGAUAUCUUUUUAUUGUCUAUGUAAAUAAUUGAAUUAAUGCACAGUUUGAUAUUUGGUAUGCUAUUGUUUGGUUUUAUUUAGUUUUAAUUAUUUUAUUUCUGUUUGAGAAAGAGUAAAACUGAACGAAAAUUAUUGAAAUAUUUAUAUUUUAUUACAAGAAUUAUGCCAAGAAAAAUGAACAUAAUAUUUAUGUAAGACAUAUAACAGCUGUAACUCUUAUGUCAUUGUCUAUAACUUUUGGUUUAUAUUUUCACAUUUCAAAAGCAAAAAAAGUUUUGUUGUUUUUUACAAAUAGAACUACUGUGACAUUUUUAUUACAACAAUAUAACAUGUUUGUAAUCAGACUUAAUUUUCUAAUUUUUACCAUUUUUCAGCAAAAAAAAAAUAUAUAAACAUUUCGAAAAAAGUUAUGUUUGUAACGAAUGUCAUGUGUUUUAUUUAUGUUCAUCCAUUUUGUACCCUGUGUGUUUUAUUACUUUCCCAUAAGCGAAGAAUACAUUUUUAGAGAUUUAGAAAUAUUUCAUAAUGCUAUUUUUCUUUAUGUUGAUUAAAACAUGUACUUUUUACGAAUGACAUAGAUUUAAAGAUCCUGUAUGCUGUAUUUAAGGAUGUAACAACAGUUAAGUGAAAUUUUAUAUGUAUAUAAUUAUUUGUCUAAAAUAAUUUUUAAACAUCAAAGAAUUUGUUUAAUAUGUUCUACAAAUGUUUAUUCGCAUUAUAAGUAAUCAUUUAAAUAUAUGAAUUCAUGUCUUUUUGAAAAAUUUGGCUAAGACUUUAUCGAAAAUAAAUUUCUAAUUUCCUCCCUUUAUUGAAAAUAAUGUUAAUUCGGUAAUAUCUUUAGAUUCUUUAAUAUCUUUACAAGUAAUACUUUUUAGUACUUGCAAUAUUGAUAAAUCUUCAUUUGAGCUUCAUAUGUAUGAUACAAAACCAUAAAAUAAUUGAGUUACAGGAUCUUUAAAUAGAUUACUAGUACCUGUAUCUCCUGUGAUUUUAGUUUACCUGUAGUUAGCUGUUAGGAUUGUUAGAUAUCCAUUGUCUAUGGUUUACAGUUACUUUAAAUAACGUCAACUCGGUAACCUCGACUCUUGAUCAAGUUUGAGGAGCUUUUGCUAGGAUAUUUCAUUCAUUUUAAAGAUCUUCUUAACUUGAUAAAAUGGUAUAUCCAUUUCAUAUCUGUGUCACAGAAGCUAACAAUUGUAACCUAUAAAAUCUUUCCUUUACAAAAACGUAAGGCCUACAGAUAAGAUAUUUGUUUUGUUAAAUUUUCCAGCAAAAUUUUACAAAGUUGCAGGAAUUACAA